AUCAGAAUCAUCUUUCUCAGUCACCAGCUCAUCUCCAGCCUCUCUUAGUCUCUUAGUCUCAUAAUUCCCUCCAUCUCUUUCCUUCCCAGGAAGCCCUUUACCAUCCACCAUGUCCCAAUACAACAACGAACAGUACUCUCAACAGGGAUACCCUCCCUACAACGAGCACUACACCCAGAACCAUUACCCCGCUGGCCCUGGAUACGCCCCACCGCAGUCAAUGCCUCAAGAGCGUGGCCAAUCUCCCUACCCGCCUCAGCAGUCAUACGAGCGGGUCGGUGAGAACGCCUCUUAUUACGGGGAACCCCUGCCACAGCAGGAAUACGCCCCUGGCCAGAACGGACCCACAGAAGACGGGGAGAAGGGUCUUGGUUCAACCGUUAUUGGCGGUGCUGCUGGCGGCUAUGCAGCCCAUCAUGCCGGCAGUGGAGCGCUUGGAACAGCCGGAGGCGCGGUUCUCGGUGCUGUUGGUAUGAAUAUGGCGACGAGCGCCUGGAAAAAACACAAUGCCCCUGCCCCUGUCGCGGCCCCUGCUACCGCUGUUCCCGUCACUGUUGUCCCUGCUUCCACUGUUGCUGAUACUGGGAUGGGACUGGGCAUGGGUAUGGGUCUCCUAGGAGCUCGGACUCACUUCGGUCGUCGCAGACUCCUGCGUCACAGUAUUGGGCUGCCCUAAGCGGCUAUCCACCGCGAGUACUUUGUCUCUGCCGUGGGCUGGGUAUUACAAUGACGAUGACGACUUGGUGGUCUAGAUUAAUGGAUAUUCUGUGGAGAAUUUAUGGCGUGUCUUUAUUUUCAUGGGUGUUCCAUUUGGGCUUUAUUAUCUUUCUGACAUUUUAUUGACCUAUGUUGCGUUCGCAUAACUAGAUUGCGUUGGAUUUAUUGUCUUGAUUCGGGAAAAUCAAGUUGAAAAUUGCUUGACACAUUCACACCUUUAGUGUUCCUUACAUGAUUGUAAACAAACCAAACUCG